GCUGUCUAAAGUUUAUAAUAUGUCAUUUUAACUUAAUGCUCCUGCGAGAUGCUUACUCAGGCUGAGGGCUGUCAGCAAGCUACUCUCUUAUCAGCAGUCCUCCUGCUGUUCUGCAGGGCAAGCUCAGAAACUUUGUUUACUUUGUUUCUCACGUUAACCUUGUGGGUAGAGGUUCGGUUUCAUUCUAAUCCAGGGAAAUUUUAACGCCUUCAUCCUCAGUUUCAUCUCUCCUUUAUUAUUUACCUUUCCCUCCUGAGCUCCUAGGACCCAAUAAACUCUUGAACCCCAAACAGGUCAUAACUGACAAGGGUCUUUCAGCAAAUGAUCUUUUUAAAAGCAAAGUGGACUCUGUCCAUUGUCAGGAAUAGAGACUUCCAGAGCCAUCUAACUCCAGACCUGGGGUCUACUUUCUCAUCCUACAGGUGGGAAAACAGGCCCAGAAAGAGCCUUGUUCAGGACCUUCCUCCUCCCACUCCAGGGCCUGUCCAAUAAUUGUCAGGCAGUAAAUUUCCACCCCAGGAUGGAAUCAAGAAGAGGCCAAGAGGCCCCCCACUCUAGAAGUAAUUUCCCCCAAAAUCAAUUUAGCAAAACAGUGGCAUCGUCGGGAUUACAUAUUCAGGUCCAGAGGCUUCUAGCAGCUUCACGAAACUAAUCCCAGGUUCGCUUUCUAUGCCUGGGGGUGGUAUGAAUGAACUCUCCAUCUCCAGACCCUGAGUCGGCUCAGAGCGGUGGAUUCUGGGAUUUGCAGUCUCCCGCGAAGAGUUUAGACUCUGUGGGCCAAUAGAAUUCGAGCACGGACGGCUGUACCCGCCUCCGCGGCCUGCUGGUUGCUCAGGGACCCCUCCGAAUUAGCCAAUGAGGAGCGCACAGGUCCUGGUCGCCUGGGAAACCGCGUGACAACAAGAUGGCGGCGCCGAGGGACGGGUGGGUGGCCUUGCGUGGUGAGUCCUGGCCAAGGCUUUUCUGCCUGAGGAGUCCCCCACGCAGGCUGCGACCCUCGCCCCGAGAGCCCCGAGCACUCGCGAGCCCCGCGGCCCAGCUCCUCCAGCAGGCCCCCCGCGUCCUGGCAGCGGAUUCGGGCCCCCUCCUACCAUGGCUUUGCGUGGAGGCUGGAGGAGGCGACGCGGCUCCCAGGGCGGGGUUAGGUGGUGACAGAAGCCGUGCCAUGAGCAUUCCAGCUGGGGAUUUAGGGAGUGAAGGCGUGCAGCCGGCCGGGCCCUGUCGGUGCUGGAGAGCACUGGGGCCUGGAGGGGACAAUAGGUCGAGUAGUCAGUCAAGCACAGUCCUGACUUGGGUCCCACAGAUGUAGAGGCAUCCAGCUUUCUCCUCAAAGCUCGAGUCUAACCUUUAGGCACCUCUGGCCUGAGGGAGAAGACACAGGCCUCCCCUGGAAGCCCCCAAAUUGUAGGGAGUAGACAUGGCUGUGUCCUCAGGAUCCCCCAGGUCUGAGGGAGGAGGAGACAGCCUUGUGCUCAGAAGUCCCCAGACUGAUGGGAAGAUACACCAGGGGUCUCGGGGUCGCCUAUAAUCCGUGGGAAAAUUGAUCUGGAGACUGGCCAGUGUGUUGGAUUGGCCUGAACUGAGACUGGAAACAGGGAAGUCAGUUGGGGACCAAAGAAGGGCAGUUAGAGCCCCCCUAGCAUGGCCAACAGUGGGUAUGGAAUGGAGGGGCUGUGUGUGAGAGACACUGCAGAAUUUAACCUGCAGGGUUUGGUAAGUGAUGGGAUUAAGAGAAAAGGAAGGAGAGAAAAAAAUUGUGUUCAGGUGAUGGGGUCCCAUUAAGAAGAGGGAUGUGGGGAGACCUUAUUUUGAGGGAAGAUUUUGGGUUUGGUUUGAGGACCAGGUCCUUCUUUUUUCUUCUUUUUUUUUUUUUUAUAAUUUUAUUUAUUUAUUUUUUCCCCCCAAAGCCCCAGUACAUAGUUGUAUGUCAUAGCUGCACAUCCUUCUAGUUGCUGUAUGUGGGACGCGGCCUCAGCAUGGCCAGAGAAGCGGUGCGUCGGUGCAUGCCCGGGAUCUGAACCCAGGCCGCCAGCAGCGGAGCGCGCGCACUUAACCGCUAAGCCACGGGGCCGGCCCUCUUUUUUCUAUAAUAGCUUUAUUGAGAUACAUAUACUUCACCCCUUUAAAAUGUAAAUUUCAGUCGUUUUUAGUGUAUUCAUAGAAUUGUACUACCAUCACCACAAUCAAUUGUAGAACAUUUUCAUCAGCCUCAAAAGAAACCCUGUACCCUUUAGCAAUUACCCCCAUCUACCCACCAGCUGCCCCCAGCCCUAGGCAACCACUGAUCUACUUUGUCUGUAUAGAUUUGCCCAUUCUGGACACUUUAUAUAAAUGAAAUCAUAACAAUGGUCUUUUGUGACUGACUUUUUUCCCUUAGCAUAAUGUUUUCAAGGUCCAUUCACAUUGUAGCAUGUAUUUCAUUUCUUUUUUAUUGCUAAAUAAUAUUCCAUUGUAAUGAUAUAUACUACAUUUGUUUGUCCAUUCAUUGGUUGAUGGACAUUUGGGUUGUUUCUACUUUUUGGCUAAUAUGAAUAAUGCUGCUAUGAACUGUAUACAAGUUUUUGUGUAGACAUAAGUUUUCAUUUCUCUUGGGUAUAUACCUAGGAGUGGAAUUGCUGGGCCAUAAUGUAACUCUGUUUAAUCUUUUGAUACUGCUAGACUCUUUUCCGUAGCAGCUGCACCAUUUUGCAUUCCAACAAAUGUUCCAAUUUCCCCACAUCCUCGCCAACACUUGUUAAUUUCUGUGUUUAUGACCAGUUUCUUUUGAGAGGUCGUGAGAAUGGUGAUGAGAUGGUGAUGAGAAUCCUCUGGAGAAGGAAAGGAUAAUUAGGUCCGGUGGGAGUUCAUCCAAGACAGUUCUAGCCACUAAAAGCACACUCCCUAGGGUUUUUUUAGUGUGAUGAAAACAUUCUAAGAUUGAUUGUGGUGAUGGUUUCACAACUGUGUGAAUAUACUAAAAACCAUUGAAUAGUACAUUUAAAAGCUUUAAGUAUGUGAACUAUAUCUCAAUAAAACUUGUUUUAAAAAGGAAGUUCACAUACUGUAUGAUUCCAUUUAUAUAACAUUCUUGAAGUAAGAAAAAUAUAAGAGAUGGAAAACAGAGUAGUGGUUGCCAGGGGUUAGGGAUGCUGGAGGAGGAGGAUGGGUGUGACUACAAAGGAGUAACAUGAGGGGGAUCUUUGUGGUGAUGGAAUAGUUUUGUAUCUUUUUUUUUUUUUUUUUGGUGAGGAAGAUCGGCCCUGAGCUAACAUCCGUGCCCAUCUUCCUCUACUUUAUAUGGGAUGCCACCACAGCAUGGCCUGACAAGUGGUGCGACGGUGCACGCCUGGGAUCUGGGCCUUCAAACCCCGGGCCGCCGCAGAGGAGCGCAUGCACUUAACCACUUGUGCCACUGGGCCGGCGCCUAGUUUUGUAUCUUGACUGCAGUGGUGGUUACGUGGAAUCCAUACAGGGGAUGAAAUGGCAUAGAAGGACACUCAUAUAAAAACAUAACUAUUGGGGGAAACUGGGUGAAGGAUAUACAGGACCUCUCUGGACUAUUUUCCUAAUUUCUUGUGAAUCUAUAAUAAUUUUGUAGUAAAAAGUUAAAAUAUAACUAAAGAACAAAUAAAGAAGGAACAAAAAAAAAAAGGAGUUAACCUAGCCAAGGGAAGGGUGCGGUUAGGAGUGGGGAGACGGUUCCAGGAGGGGGUUCCAGGCCGGGAGCCACUUGCGCAAAGGCCUGGUGCAUUUGAGGCCAAGCUGGCAGUUCAGAGUGGCUCAUGUGGAGGAGGAGGGGCGCUGGAGGGUGAGGUCAGGAGACACAGGCAGGGACCAGAUGAUCCGUGUUAAGGAAUUUUGAAUUCUUUUUCCUGUGGGUGAGAAGGAGCAAUUGGGAGCUUUUAGCAGGGAAAUGACAUGUCAGCUUUGUGUUUAAGAAGGUUCCUCUGGCAGCAUGUAGACACUGGGAACCACGAGGGGCUGUCACACUUGGCCACACAAACUGUGAGGAUGCCUAGACCAGACGGCAGGGGCAAGGGCAGGCUGGGGGCAGAUGUGGGAGGCUGGAUGGUGGGCGGCGAGGAAACUCUGGGCCUGGUCCUUGGAGGGCUCCUCAUGAGGAAGGGGCCAGGCAUGAGUCCCAACCUCCACAAUGAAGACAGGAGGCUGCCUCCAGGCGGCACUGGUCCCCUUGCUGGGCAGCUCCAGCCAGGGUGGAGGCCAGUGCCACACAUUUCCAAGGUGAACAAAAGACUUGACUCAGGCCCUGAUGGAGGUCCUUUGGUUCUAGGAUUUCUAGAUAUUAGCCACAUAAGAUACUUAAUUCACUGAAUAGAGUAUGGCCUUUAAUUAAAUCCCUGCUGUGCAUUCAUCUUUCCAGAAGGAAGAGGGAAGGGAGGGAGACCAACAUUGAUGAGUGCCCUCCAUGUGCCAAUAACAACAAAAGCCACAAGUCACAUUUUUAAGUGCUUCCUCUGAAGGUGGCACUGGGCUAGGUGCUUCAUGAGUGUUCUCUCCGAGUCCCCUGGGUAACCCUGCCUGGCUGGUAUCUUACCAUCCUCAUUUUACACCAAAGGAAACUGAGGCACGGGUUAUACUGGUGGAUGGCAGAACCUGUCCAGAGCCUGGCUCUUGACCUCCCUACCAUGCGGACCAAGUCUUGGUCGAGUCCUGCCUCUGGGUUGCCCCUCUCUGGCUCUGAGAUGUUGGGGGUGGCACCUGGGUUCUGGUAGGAGAGGAGGGGACCCCUGGGCUUUGUGUUGACCAGCUCCUUGAUAUAUGAACAAAAGCCCCAGGCCACCUGGGUAGUCUUGUACCUGGGCUCUAAGUUUGGGGGAAGUUUCAGGCUCUGGCCCAUUUCUGCACCCCUCCUUCCCCCCACUCCACCCCUGCAUCACCCUUUCCCAAGCACUACCAGGCCAGAGGCCUCCAGGAUUGGAGCAGAAAGCUGGAAAUCCAGAGGAGCAGGCAGACAGCAAGCACAGGGAUCCUGAGGCCAAGCUGCCUCCAGAAACUUCUGCAGGGGCAGUGGGAAGAAGUGAGGGCUGCUGCUCCCUGGACAGUGCUCCCUCCUGGCAAAAGUAGCCAGGGAAGAAGAAGUUUCAGGCCACUUCUUGGUCAUGAGGGAGUGUUCUCGAGGGCUGACUUCUUUCUUCUCAGGGAGUUCCUGACAGCUAGAAUCUAGAAGUAGAACUAUGAGCUCCCCUUUGGCCUCCCUUGGCAAGACCCGGAGAGUGCCUCUGCAGUCGGAGCCUGUGAAUCCAGGGAGGCGAGGGAUAAAAAUCUACGGAGGUGAAGAUGAGGUGGACAUGGUGAAUGACGGACAUGGCUCGGAAGAAAGGAUCUCUGUUCCUUCCUGCUAUGGCAACGUAGGUGCCCCUGUGAGUAGGCAAGUCCCUGUAUUCCACGACUCGGAACUGAUGGCCACCAUGACGAAGAGGUUGCGGGAUCUGGAGCAGCAGGUGAAGGCCCAGACUGAUGAGAUACUGUCCAAGGAUCGGAAGAUACGGGCCCUGGAGGAAUUGAUGCAGACCUUCCAGGAGCACCAAGGUGAGGCGACCCUGCAGCGGCAGGAGGAGCUGGAGACGAUGUGCACGCAGCUGCAGCGGCAGGUCGGGGAGAUGGAGCGGUUCCUCGGUGACUACGGCCUGCAGUGGGUGGGUGAACACGUGGACCAGGAGGACUCGGAGGACAAGAUAGACUCAGAGGAUGGCAAGCAGGACUGGAUGACAGCCAAGAAGUUCUGGAAGCCAGGGGAUUCAUUGGUGCCCCCCGAGGUGGACUUUGACAGGCUUCUGGCCAGCCUGAAGGAUCUCAGUGAGCUGGUAGAUGGUGACACCCAGGUAACUCCACUGCCCAGCGGAGUACAGCUCCGUGACCUUGAGCCCAUCCCACUGAAGCUCUACCGGAAUGGCAUCAUGAUGUUCGAUGGGCCCUUCCGGCCCUUCUAUGAUCCCUCCACACAGCGCUGCCUCCGAGAUAUAUUGGAUGGCUUCUUCCCCUCAGAGCUCCAGCGGCUGUACCCUGAUGGGGUCCCCUUCAAGGUGAGUGACCUGCGCAAUCAGAUCUACCCAGAGAAUGGGCUGGACCCAUUCCCAGGUGAGGGCCGUGUGGUGAGCUGGCAGAGGAUUCGCAAGCCCUCGGACAGGAUGGAGCACCCAGGCUCCAGGAUGACCGUCGAGAAGUUUCUGAACAGGCUCCCCAAGUUUGUGAUCCGGCAAGGCGAGGUGAUUGAUAUCCGGGGCCCCAUCCGGGACACCCUGCAGAACUGCUGCCCAUUGCCUGCCCGGAUCCAGGAAAUCGUGGUGGAGACACCUGCCUUGGCUGCUGAGCAUCAGAGGAGCCAAGAGUCACCCGACUCACCAGCGCCCCCGCUCUCCAUGCUGCGCAUCAAGUCUGAGAAUGGCGAACAGGCCUUCCUGCUGAUGAUGCGGCCCGAGGACACUGUUGGCGACGUGCGUGCCCUGCUCGCACAGGCCAGGUGGGCAUGGGGCAGGCUGGCGGCCACAUGGGGGGCUCUGGCCCCACGAACCGGCCUGAUCCAUUCUGCCUGGUCCCCCAGGGCCGUGGACGCCACCACUUUCGAGAUCUUCAGUGCGUUCCCACCCACCGUCUACCACGACGACACACUCACACUGCAGUCUGCAGGCCUGGUACCCAACGCAGCGCUGCUGCUGCGGGCGCCCCGGGCCCCACCGCCCGCCCCUGGCCCAGGCCCAGACCCUGGCCCCUGCUCCAAAUAAAGCGCCCGCCCCAACACGG